GCCGCCGUCCGGCCCAGCCCAGCCUCUCCGCGCCGCGCCUGGACUAGGCGUCCUUCGCAGCCAGCGCGGCCCGGACCGUCGGCAUCCGCGGGGAAGAGGCGGCCCCGGCGCGCGGGCCCCGAGGACAGCCGGGGUCCCCGGGCGCGCGGCACACGUGCGGAGACCCCCGCGCGCCAUGGCGCGCCGCGCCCCGGGACCCCGCACCACCCCUUAGCGCCGAGGCGGCGCGAGCGUGGAGCAUGGAGCCGCACGUGCUGGGCGCCGUCCUCUACUGGCUGCUGCUGCCCGGCGCGCUCCUGGCCGCCUGCCUGGCCCGCAUCAACGUGUUCUCGCUGGUCUACCUGCUCUUCCUGCUGCUGCUGCCCUGGCUGCCCGGCCCCGGCCGUCACGGCAUCCCAGGUCACACUGGCCGCCUCCUCCGGGCCCUGCUGGUCCUCAGCCUGCUCUUCCUGCUGACCCACCUGGCCUUCCAGAUCUGCCUACACACUGUGCCCAGCUUGGACCAGUUCCUGGUGCCCCCCAGAUGCAGCCACUGGGAGAUCCUGUCGCUACAUGUGGGGGUCACAAGGCUGGACCUGCAUGACAUCCCCAAUGCCGUUCGCCUGGUGGCCCCCGACCUGGGCAUGCUGGUUGUCUCCUCCGUCUGUCUGGGCCUCUGCAGGCGCUUCGCCCGGAAAGCCCGGCAGAGCCGACACGCCCAGGAGCCGGGUGCUGGGCCUCUGGCUGGACUGCAGACGACCCCUGCCCUGGCCCCCAAGCACAGGUCACGGCUGGCUGCCCGGUUCCGGGUCACUGCCCACUGGCUGCUGGUGGCUGCUGGACGGACCCUGGCCAUAGUGCUGCUGGCACUGGCAGGAAUUGCCCACCCCUCGGCCUCCUCUAGCAUCUAUCUGCUCAUCUUCCUGGCCAUCUGCACCUGGUGGGCGUGCCACCUGCCCAUCAGUGCCCUGGGCAUCAGUGCCCUCUGCGUCAUGGUGGGCUGCCUUGGUGCUGUGCAUCUGCUCUGCCUCUACUGCUACCAGGCCCCCUUUGUACAGACUGUGCUCCCACCGGCCAACAUCUGGGCCAGGGUGUUUGGCCUCAAGGCCUUUGUGGCCCCUGCCAACUGCUCCAGCCCCAAUGCGUUCGUCCCCGACACCAGCCACGACUGGCCGGUCUAUGUGAGCCCAGGCAUCCUGCUGCUGCUCUAUUACACGGUCACCUCGCUCCUUAAGGUCCGCACGCCCCACCGCCUGGGCCAGAGGAAGGAGGUGUCCAAGGAGGAGGAGGCCCGAGAGCUGGAACUGGAUCAGCUGGACCAGAGACCCCAGGGCUCGGCUGGGAAACCCGCCCAGUACGUGGUGCCCACACUCGCGGGGCUGGACGCCGAGGCCGACAGCUGCAUAGUGCACGACCUGACUGGACCGAGCCCUGUGCGCCAGCGUCCCCGGCACCUCGGGUGGGCUGAGACAAGAGAGAGGUCCCCACUGCACGGCCUGGGCCACCUCAUCCUGGACCAGAGCUAUGUGUGUGCGCUGGUGGCUGCCAUGGUGUGGAGCAUCACCUACCACAGCUGGCUAACGUUCGUGCUGCUGCUCUGGGCCUGCCUGGUGUGGACCGUGCGCAGCCGGCACCAGCUGGCCAUGCUGUGUGCCCCCUGUGUGCUGCUGUACGGGCUCACCCUGUGCUGCCUGCGCUACGUGUGGGCCCUGGACCUGCGUGCCGAGCUGCCCACUGCCCUGGGCCCCAUCAGCUUGCGCCAGCUGGGCCUGGAGCAUACCCGCUACCCCUGCCUGGAUCUUGGUGCCAUGCUGCUGUACACACUGACCUUCUGGCUGCUGCUGCGCCAGUUUGUCCGGGAGAAGCUGCUCAGCAGGAGGCGGGGCCCGGCCACGCUGACUGAGGUCACUGUGGCUGACACAGAGCCCACGCGGACGCAGGCGCUGGUGCGGGGCCUGGGGGAGCUGGUCUCGGGGCUGCACGCCAAGUACUGGAUCUACGUGUGUGCUGGCAUGUUCGUGGUGGUCAGCUUCGCCGGCCGCCUGGUGCUCUACAAGAUUGUCUACAUGUUCCUCUUCCUGCUCUGCCUCACCCUCUUCCAGAUGUGCUACAGUCUGUGGCGACGCCUGCUCAAGGCUUUCUGGUGGCUGGUGGUGGCCUACACCAUGCUGGUGCUCCUAGCAGUCUACACCUUCCAGUUCCAGGACUUCCCCGCCUACUGGCGCAACCUCACAGGCUUCACGGACGAGCAGCUGGGCGACCUGGGCCUGGAGCAGUUCAGCGUGUCGGAGCUGUUCUCCAGCAUCCUCGUCCCCGGCUUCUUCCUGCUGGCCUGCAUCCUGCAGCUGCAUUACUUCCACAAGCCCUUCAUGCAGCUCACUGACCUGGAGCGCGUGCUGCCGCCCACCACCCACCGCCCGCGCUGGGCACACAGACAGGACCCGGCCAGCGGGGCCCCGCUGCUGCAGCCGGAGGAGACAACCCCUGCGGAUGGGGGGCUGGGCCUGGCUGAGCCCCUGCAGGCCACACAGGUCCCUGAAGGCGAGGCCAGCAAGUGGGGCCUGGUGGCCGAGCGGCUGCUGGACCUGGCCGUCGGCUUCUCGGACAUGCUGGCGUCCGUGCAGGGCUUCGUGCGGCGCCUGUUGGAGCUGCACAUCUUCAAGCUUGUGGCCCUCUACACUGUCUGGGUGGCCCUGAACGAGGUCUCGGUAAUGAACUUGCUGCUGGUGGUGCUGUGGGCCUUUGCCCUGCCCUAUGCCCGCUUCCGGCCCAUGGCCUCCAGCCUGUCCACUGUGUGGACCUGCACUGUGAUUGUAUGCAAGAUGCUGUACCAGCUCAGGGUCGUCACCCCCCACGAGUACUCCAGCAACUGCACGCAGCCUUUCACCAACAGUACCAACCUGCAGCCGGCUGAGAUCAGCCAGUCCCUCCUCUACCGCGGCCCUGUUGACCCAGCUGCCUGGUUCGGGGUGCGGAAGGGCUUCCCCAACCUGGGCUACAUCCAGAACCACCUGCAGAUACUGCUGCUGCUGGUGUUUGAGGCGGUGGUGUACCGGCGCCAGGAGCACUACCGAAGGCAGCACCGGCUGGCCCCGCCACCCGCCCAGGCCGUGUGUGCCGAGGGCACCCGCCAGAACCUGGACCGGGACCUGCUUGGCUGCCUCAAGUACUUCAUCAACUUCUUCUUCUACAAGUUCGGGCUGGAGAUCUGUUUCCUGAUGGCCGUGAACGUCAUCGGGCAGCGUAUGAACUUCAUGGUUAUCCUGCACGGUUGCUGGCUUGUGGCCAUCCUCACCCGCCGGCGCCGUGGGGCCAUCGCCCGCCUCUGGCCCAACUACUGCCUCUUCCUCACGCUCUUCCUGCUGUACCAGUACCUGCUGUGCCUGGGCAUCCCCCCAGCCCUGUGCAUUGACUACCCGUGGCGCUGGAGCAGGGCCAUCCCCAUGAACUCGGCACUCAUCAAGUGGCUGUACCUGCCUGACUUCUUCAGGGCCCCCAACUCUACCAACCUCAUUAGCGACUUCCUGCUGCUGCUCUGUGCCUCCCAGCAGUGGCAGGUCUUCCUAGCUGAGCGCACAGAGGAGUGGCAGCGCAUGGCCGGUGCCAACACUGACCACCUGGAGCUGCCGCGGGGCGAGGCCAACCCCGUGCCCAACUUCAUCCACUGCAGGUCCUACCUGGACAUGCUGAAGGUGGCCGUCUUCCGCUACCUGUUCUGGUUGGUGCUGGUGGUGGUGUUUGUGGCGGGGGCCACGCGCAUCAGCGUCUUUGGGCUGGGCUACCUGCUGGCCUGCUUCUACCUGCUGCUCUUCGGCACGACUCUGCUGCAGAAGGACACGCGGGCACGCCUCCUGCUCUGGGACUGCCUCAUCCUCUACAACGUCACUGUCAUCAUCUCCAAGAACCUGCUCUCGCUCCUGUCCUGCGUGUUUGUGGAGCAGAUGCAGAGCAGUUUCUGCUGGGUCAUCCAGCUCUUCAGCCUCGUGUGCACGGUCAAGGGUUAUUACGACCCCAAGGAGAUGAUUGGCAAGGACCAGGACUGCCUGCUGCCCGUGGAGGAGGCCGGCGUGCUCUGGGACAGCGUCUGUUUCUUCUUCCUGUUGCUGCAGCGCCGUGUCUUCCUCAGCUACUACUUCCUGCACGUCAGCGUCGACCUCCGUGCCACCGCCCUGCAGGCCUCCAGGGGGUUUGCCCUCUACAACGCGGCCAACCUCAAGAGCAUCGACUCCCACCGCCAGGCGGAGGAGAAGUCCCUGACGCAGCUGAAGCGACAGAUGGAGCGCAUUCGUGCCAAGCAGGAGAAGCAGAGGGAGAGCCGCGCCCGCCGUGGCCGCCCCCAGAGCACCCUGGAAUCCGAGGGCCCAGGCGAAGAGCCAGGGCCCGGCCACCCAGGGACCUCGUCCCCUCCACAGACACAGUGGUGGCGGCCCUGGCUAGACCACGCUACAGUUAUCCACUCUGGGGACUACUUCCUGUUUGAGUCCGACAGCGAGGAGGAGGAAGAGGCCCUGCAGGAGGACCCCAAGCCAUCGGCGCAGAGCGCCUUCCAGAUGGCCUACCAGGCGUGGGUGACCAACGCACAGACUGUGCUGCAGCAGCGCCGGCGGCAGCGGGCACAGCAGGAGCGGGCAGAGCUGAUGGCCCCUGAAGGUAUCUUGAGCCAGGAGCUGGAGCCAGAAGGCCCUGAGGAACAGGUGGCAGGCCGCAGCCACAUGAUGCAGCGGGUGCUGAGCACGGCGCAGUUCCUGUGGGUGCUGGGGCAAGCGCUGGUGGACGGGCUGACACGCUGGCUGCACGCCUUCACCAGGCAGCACCGCAACAUGAGUGACGUGCUGCGGGCGGAGCGCCACCUCCUCACGCAGGAGCUGCUGCGGCACGGGGAGGUGCGCCGCAGUGUGCUGGACCAGCUGUACCAGAGUGAGGCAGAGGCCCGUGAUGUGCUGAGCACCGCGUCGAGCGGGCUGGGGCCCGAGGAGCCACUGGCCAGCGUGGCCGAGGACAGCAGCAGCCCCCUGAGCACGGGCUACAACACGCGCAGCGGCAGCGAGGAACUGCUGAGCGAGCCCGGUGUCUCCCUGCGCGGCUCCCAGGAGCUCCUGGCCAGCAGCCGGCCCCGGAUGCGCACGGCCAGCGAGCUGCUGCUUGACAGGCGCCUGCACAUCCCGGAGCUGGAGGAGGCCGAGAGGUUCGAGCAGGGGCAGGGCCGUGCACUGCGCCUGCUGCGGGCCGCGUACCAGUGCGUGGCGGCCCACUCGGAGCUGCUGUGCUACUUUGUCAUCGUCCUCAACCACAUGGUCACCGCCUCGGCCGCCUCGCUCGUGCUGCCCGUGCUGGUCUUCCUGUGGGCCAUGCUGUCCAUCCCACGGCCCAGCAAGCACUUCUGGAUGACUGCCAUUAUCUUCACCGAGGCCACCGUGGUCAUCAAAUACCUGUUCCAGUUCGGCUUCUUCCCCUGGAACAGCCACGUGGUGCUGCGGCGCUACGAGAACAAGCCCUACUUCCCGCCGCGCAUCCUGGGCCUGGAGAAGAGUGACAACUACGUCAAGUACGACCUGCUGCAGCUCAUGGCCCUCUUCUUCCACCGCUCCCAGCUGCUGUGCUAUGGUCUCUGGGACCACGAGGACCCCAAGGAGCCUAGUGGGAGCAACAGCCAGGAGCGAGUAGAGGAACCAGGGGCGGACCCACUGGAACCCAAAAACAGUCCCUCAGAUGUGGCCCCCGAAGCGGCAGAGGCCAGGUGUGGCAGCCUGCGUCUCAGGAGAAAGAAGGGCAGCCUGGAGCCCCAGGGAGCGGCAGCUGCCGCUUCUCCCCCAGAAACGGAGCACAGGGAGGAAGAGAAGAGGCUGGGCCGUCCCCGGGAGUGCGUGCGGGCCGCCGGGCACUGCCUGCAGCGCUGCUGCCUGUCCCUCGCCCGGGGCAUGUACCGGCCACUGCGGUGCUUCUUCCACGAGAUCCUGCACACCCGGUACCGCGCGGCCACCGACGUCUACGCCCUCAUGUUCCUAGCGGAUGUCAUCGCCUUCAUCAUCAUCAUCUUCGGCUUCUGGGCCUUUGGGAAGCACUCGGCGGCCACGGAUAUAACAAGCUCGCUGUCGGACGACCAGGUGCCCGAGGCCUUCCUGGUCAUGCUGCUCAUCCAGUUCGGCACCAUGGUGGUGGACCGAGCCCUGUACCUGCGCAAGACCGUGCUGGGCAAGCUGGCCUUCCAGGUGGUCCUGGUGCUGGCCAUCCACCUGUGGAUGUUCUUCAUCCUGCCCGCCGUGACCGAGAGGAUGUUCAGCCAGAACGCCGUGGCCCAGCUGUGGUACUUCGUCAAGUGCAUCUACUUCGCCCUGUCGGCCUACCAGAUCCGCUGUGGCUACCCGACCCGUAUCCUCGGCAACUUCCUCACCAAGAAGUACAACCACCUCAACCUCUUCCUCUUCCAGGGGUUCCGGCUGGUGCCAUUCCUGGUGGAGCUGCGGGCAGUCAUGGACUGGGUGUGGACGGACACCACGCUGUCCCUGUCCAACUGGAUGUGUGUAGAGGACAUCUAUGCCAACAUCUUCAUCAUCAAGUGCAGUCGCGAGACGGAGAAGAAAUACCCGCAGCCCAAGGGGCAGAAGAAGAAGAAGAUCGUCAAGUAUGGCAUGGGCGGCCUCAUCAUCCUCUUCCUCAUCGCCAUCAUCUGGUUCCCCCUGCUUUUCAUGUCGCUCGUGCGCUCUGUGGUCGGUGUCGUCAACCAGCCCAUCGACGUCACUGUCACCCUCAAGCUGGGUGGCUACGAGCCCCUGUUCACCAUGAGCGCCCAGCAGCCUUCCAUCAUGCCCUUCACGCCCCAGGACUACGAGGAGCUGUGCAGGCAGUUUGACGCCUACCCGCUGGCCAUGCAGUUCAUCAGCCAGUACGGCCCCGAAGACAUCGUGACUGCCCACAUCGAGGGCAGCUCCGGGGCGCUGUGGCGCAUCAGCCCCCCGAGCAGGGCCCAGAUGAAGCGGGAGCUGUCUGACGGCACAGCUGACAUCACCCUGCGCUUCACCUGGAACUUCCAGAGGGACCUGGCCAAGGGCGGCACCGUGGAGUACACCAAUGAGAAGCACACGCUGGGCCUGGCCCCCAACAGCACAGAGCGGCGGCAGCUGGCCAGCCUGCUCGAGGGCACCUCGGACCAGUCCGUGGUCAUCCCCAACCUCUUCCCGAAAUACAUCCGGGCUCCCAACGGCCCUGAGGCCAACCCAGUGAAACAGCUGCAGCCUGGGGAGGAGGAGGAUUACUUGGGCGUACGCAUCCAGCUGCGCAGGGAGCGGGUAGGUGCGGGGGCCUCUGGCUUCCUGGAGUGGUGGGUCAUCGAGCUGCAGGACUGCCAGGCCAGCUGCAACCUGCUGCCCAUGGUCAUCUUCAGCGAUAAGGUCAGCCCUCCCAGCCUCGGCUUCCUGGCCGGCUAUGGGAUCAUGGGGCUGUACGUGUCCAUCGUGCUGGUCGUCGGCAAGUUCGUGCGCGGCUUCUUCAGUGAGAUCUCCCACUCCAUCAUGUUCGAGGAGCUGCCCUGUGUGGACCGCAUCCUCAAACUGUGCCAGGACAUCUUCCUGGUGCGCGAGACCCGCGAGCUGGAGCUUGAGGAGGAGCUGUACUCCAAGCUCAUCUUCCUGUAUCGCUCGCCCGAGACCAUGAUCAAGUGGACACGCGAGAAGGAGUAGGGGCGGGUCUCCAGCCCUCCCUG